CCUCCUCCUCUCUCCCGCCUCUGUCUCUGUUAAACAGGAUGCUACUACUUCGUUUGCGGUGCCAACAGCUGAGGUCUGCUUCCUGAGUUUCCCUCCAGCCUGAGAGAGUUACAGGAACAGAAAGGAAGUGUGAAGGGACAGUGUGUAAUGUACGUUUGUUAGAGAGAGCAAAAGAAAAGAGAGAGAGAGAGAGAGAGAGAGACUAUGGAAUGCUGUGAUGUCACCAGCUAAGUCAUACACAAAGGCACACACAAGCACUCACUCUCACUCCUAGUAAAGUCCGCCGUGGAGCGUCUGCACCCAGCUCGUGUCCAGUUUAUGGCUGCUAAUUAGUGAUGAGAGCUUGUGUGUGGUGAACGGACCGAGCUGGGCUUCAUCGUCUUUACCACCGUCAUCCUUGUACUGAAGGACUGUUGCUGAAUCUCAGGAUAAAAUCAGGUGAACCACACACACGGCCAUGCUGCAGCAGAUCUUGAACAACAUGUACAUCGACCCGGAUGUGCUGGACGCUCUGAACGACGAACAGAAGAAGACGCUCUUCCUGAAGAUGCGCGAGGAGCAGGUGCGACGCUGGAAGGAGCGUGACGAGAAGCUGGAGAGGGAACCACUCAAACCCAAACCAAAGACAGCUAAUAGCAAGAGUGUCAGUUGGCUGCUAGGACGAGAUGGAGACGUGCAGGUCAUUGUUAUUGGAGAGAUAGAUGAGCUCAAAUCCUCCAAGAUCAUCUAUUCAGGGUUUGGAGAGAGAAAAACUGCCAGCGUCCUCAACAAUUCACACAACCAGCCCAGCACUUUAAAGAGCAACUUGAUAAACCGAACAACAACGGAACCUGUACGAUCAGGGCAAGAAAACCUUCCUCCCAAAGCACACUCAGGAGUUCAGCUUAACUUUAAGGACAACAGUGACAAAGAAUUAAGAACUCUGGCGCCUCCACAGAUGCUUGUAAAUGAAGAAAAGCCAUCAGCACCUUCAGAAAAUGUAUCCCAUCAGCCUCAGGAGUCCAAAGAGGAGGCUGAGUCAGUACACUCGGAGGAUGACUCAGCACUCUUGUCCUCAAUUUGCUAUCGGGCCCACUCGAGAUCUUGCCUCCUGACACCCUCGGCUCUCAGCAGACCUGGCUAUAUGGACAUGGAGGACAGAAUGACCAGUCAGCUACCUGACACCUCCAGACUCCAUCCCCAAGACACCCCCAAACCACAGAUCAACAGAGGUGAUUUCCGAGUUGUUGCUGCCUCUAAACGGGAGUUUUCCGUGGAUGUGGGGUCUGAGGUAGUUGAGGAGAGCUGUUUGGGAUGGGGACGGGUUGCUCAGCUCAUGAAAACCUUCAGUGAGUCACCACCCUCCCAUACGCCGCCCCAUGGCAACAAACCUCCAAUCCCGGAAAAGCCUACCCACUUGAGGCUCCGCCCCUCACCAUCUCUCAGGUAAUCAACAAGGGACCAACCCCUGUGCUGCAGUCAGGACACCUGGCCAGAGGUCUUCUUCAGUGGCUACAUUUGAAGGGUGUGGGUGCUUAGCCUCUCUCAGGAACUUGAAUGUUUAGUUACCAAAGUGAUGUUAAGUAAUGCUUUUUUGCAAUAUGUUUUUCUUUAUUUUUAUUUUUUACAUGGUAUGAGUGGUUUGUAAAACUUUUCAGCAGGAAUGAAACAUUAGUCAUAUUGCUACACUGCUCAAACUUUCGGCAGUACUGUUGACCUGGCUGUAUCAUUAAGCUGCACAAAGAUGCAUGUUUACAAAUGCGUUUCUGUUUUAAAGGGUCACAUGAAAUCUUAAUCACCAGUAUAAGAUUGAGUAAACUCCAAACAAAACCAAAUCGUGAUAAACCGAAGUUAGUCAUCCCAUUAGUCUGUUUUAUACAUUUUGCUUCUUUACAUCUUGAAGGUUGGAGCUUAUGAAAGCUUUGUUGUUUUGCAAUAUCUAGAGGGCAGGGUGGCCAUUAUAAUGCCUACAUUUACUGUAAAUUACUAUUUCUUUAUAGCAAUUAAGAUGUACAGAAAGUUGCUGGAUUAAAUUG